GGGUUAGUGGAUUUUCAUCUCGACUUUGGGGCUUGGAAUAAGUGUGAAAUCCACACUCACGACCGAUCAGCGAAGCCCCCCCUCCACACUCUAGUGUCUGAUGCGGUCCGUGCACUUUGCACACAAGCCAAAGGCAAACACAAGCCGCAAUAUGCCAUUGACGGGCACACACCUACACCUACACCUACACCUAAACACCGGAGCAGGCAGCGCGGCGAACGUUGUUAGUUUUUGGCAGCAGCAGCAGCAGCAUUUCCCACUGACAAACAAAAACACAAAUAUUUUUCUGCCGCCGUCGUGAGCGGACGCUCUCACUCUACACCACAGCAAAGUGCAAUAACCAUUUGUUCCAGUGAAUCAAAUUUUUAGUUGAUUUAAAAUGAGGAAGUUGCUAAAAUCGAUAUUUGCAUAUAUGUGCAUGCAGCUGGACAUUCUCAGAUUCAGGAUCCUGGGGUACAUCAUGCGCCGAUUCCUGCGCUCGGCCAUGAUUGUCUUCAGUUGGUUCGUGGUGCCCUACAGUCGGUACACCAACAUCAAGGUGAUCCGACGCAAGCUGCCACCGAUACGCAGCCACCUGCUGGAGAUACCUGCCGUUGAUCUGGCCAAGCUGAUUCGCACCCGAAAGAUUAAAAGCGAAGAAGUCGUAGAGGCCUACAUCGAACGUUGCCGGCAGGUUAAUCCACUGAUCAAUGCCAUUGUUCAGGAUCGCUUCGAGGAGGCACUGGAGGAGGCGCGCGAAAUAGACAAUGUCAUCGCCAUGGGCAUCAACAGUGUGGAGUCCAUGGAGGAACAUACGCCGCUGCUGGGCAUUCCGGUGACGGUGAAGGAGAGCAUCGCCGUCAAGGGCAUGACCAAUCAGGCGGGUCGUGUCUUCAAGACGCCGCAGAUAGCCAAAUCGGAUGCUCCAGUCGUGGAGCAGAUCAAGCGUUGUGGGGGCAUCAUAAUGCUCGUGUCCAACACCCCCGAGCUGUGCCUGCUCUGGGAGACGUACAACAAUGUGACGGGGCAGACGAAGAAUCCGUACGACCUGAAGCGCACGCCGGGCGGCUCGUCGGGCGGAGAGGCAGCGCUGCUGGCUAGCGGCGCCUCGCUGCUGGGUCUCACAUCGGACAUUGGCGGCUCCUCGCGACUGCCGGCCAUGUUCAGCGGCAUUUGGGGCCACAAGCCCACGCCGUAUGCCGUCUCGUUCCGCGGCCAUCAUCCGACGAGCGACUUCCCCAAAUGGGGAGACUUCUUCACCAUCGCACCGAUGACGCGCUACGCCAAGGAUCUGCCGCUGCUGCUCAAGUGCAUGAGCGAUCCGACUGGGCCAAAGCUGACGCUGGACAAGGAGAUCAGUGCCCAUGGCAUUCGGUUCUUCUUCAUGGACAACGAUGGGCCCUCGGGCAUGAUGCGGCCGCUCAGCCGGGACCUGCACGCGGCCAUCAAUCGGGUGGCCAGCGACUUCAAUGCCGAGCGGGUGAACAUACGGAAGAUGAAGUGGUCGCUGGACAUCUCCCUGUCGGCGAUGCUGACCAUGAAGAACAUCGAGACGAUCUACCACAAGACCGAGGAGGGGGAACAGCCCAAGACCGUGUGCAAGGAGACGGUCAAGUACUUCUUCGGCUGCUCGGACAGCAUUCUGCCAUCGGUGAUAUUCGGCCACCUGCAGAACUUCAUGAAGAUCAUACCCAAUUCGCGGCACAAGCAUCUGGCCAGCAUCAUUGAGGCGCUCAAGACUGAAUUCAAGGAGAUGCUCGGCAACGACGGCGUCUUCCUCUACCCGACCUUCCCCAACACGGCGCACCAGCACUACCAGAUCUACCACAAGCUGCUGGAGCCCAUGUACAUGGCCAUCUUCAAUACGCUGGGCCUGCCAGUGACCAACUGCAUGAUCGGCUUGGAUCAUCGCAAUCUGCCCAUGGGCAUACAGGUGGUGGCCAAUCCCGGUCAGGAUCAUCUGUGCCUCGCCGUUGCACGUGAGAUGGAGCGUCGCUAUGGCGGCUGGGUGCGUCCACCCUCUGAGGAUAGUCACAGCAGCAGCAGCGGAAGUAGCAGCAGCAGCAACAAUGGCAACGGGGGAACCAGCAGCAGCAGCAGCGGCAGCAAGCAGCGUGGCUAGCCAUUCCUGGGGGGCAGCAAUGGCUUUAUUCCUACGUGAUUCUUUUUGUACUUCGUUUUGUUUGUAGCUAAUUGUAUGUAUUGUCCAUCAUUUAGGGAAUGUUAUCAGCUAGCAGCUGAAUGGAAAGCCCCACAUUAUCAUUUAGAGCCUCUUCAAAAUUCCACGACUCGAAUUUCAUGCUCCAUCGUACCUAUUAUUGUAUUAAAUUAUUAAAUGUCGACCACUCCAAUCUUGUA